AUGGACGCCAAGGAUGUGUUCAAGCAUUACAGGGCUGCUGCCGCCUCUUCGGGCCAAAAGAAGGACAACAAGAGGGCUCGAGGGGAGAGCAGCAAGGCUGCCACAAAGAAGGCACGAACCGAUGAUCCUCCGGCUACAGCCCCUAUGAAGGAGAACUCACCGCCUCCACCACCCCCCGAGCAGCCGGCCUUAACUUCCGCCGACCAGCAGCCUUCUCCUAAGGCUCCUAGCAACCAUACAUUGCGUACUCCACCCGAAGGCUCCCUGCCCAGCCUCGUGGUCAGCUCUGCUAGGGAGAGAAUAUACAAGCUCUCCAAGCAUAGACGCAGCCAGGCAGCUAUUACCGACACCGCUUCUAUGGAGGCUGAUCAAGUUCUCAAUAGAGGGCUGAACGAGAUAGUUAGCGGAAGGAACUUCGAUUCCAGGCUCGCCGAUCCUAAGCAAGCUCUUGAAACUAAAAACAACGAGCUUGAUAAACAGAAUGGUGAGCUGCUUGGGGAGAACACGGAGUUGUCCAAGCAGAAAGCUGAGCUGCUCGAGGACAAAGCUACUCUAACCAAGGAGCUGCUGGAAACCCGGGACGCCCUGAAGAAAGCCAACGAAUCUAGGGAAAAGUUCAGGGAAAGCGCCAAGCUCAACUAUCAAGAUGCUGUUGCAAUAAGCAAAGCGCUUGCGCAGGAGGCUCGAGAUGCCCAGUUCAAGCUCAAGGAUGACCUCAAAGCAGCCCGACUAGAAUUCGCAGCAAGGGAUGUAGCGAUCCAGAAGAUUCCUGAGCUUGAGUCGAGGUUGGAGGCAACUUUGAAAGAGGUCCAAAGAAUUCCUGAAAUUGAAUCAAAGCUGGAAGCGACCUCAAAGGAGAUCGAGGUACGGGACUCCGAGAUCAGGAAGAUUCAGAAGCUGAAUGCUAAGCUAAAAGAGGAGAAGAAGAUGACCUUUGAAGUUAUCGAAGGUGAGAAGGCUCGUCUUCUUGAGGAGUUCAAGACCAAAAAAGAUCGCGUCGUACACAUGGCGAUGUAUCAAAUUUGGAUUAACAACACCGACCUCGAUACCAGCUUCCUUGCCAACUUGGAGAUCGAAUUCAUUGCAAGAUGGCACGCUCGACUCGAAAAAGAAGAGGCCAGGCUCGAGGUUGAGUAA